CUCGGAGCCGCUGGAAUGACAAAUACGAAUCUACGGUGUGUUUUCGUUACAAAACGACAACUUUUCGAAUGUAAUACUGGCGAACCACCAAUACGUCUGGCACACUGCGAAAGCGGUAUGGCUCGUGCAUUACGCCAAGUGCUAACGAUGGUGUUGAAAGCAGUGAAAAAGUUGAAGAGUGCAAAACAUGAAGGUAGAUCAAAGAAGAGAACCAUUUCAAAAGGUGAAAAACAAUUGAAUGAUGACAUCGAGCACGAAAUUUUUGAUAAAACGAACAACGAUGAAAGUGAAGAAUCUCAAAAAUUGACUAAACGCGUCGGUGAUAAACGGAAAAAGUUGAAGCGAACUGAGCAGACUUUGAAGAAAAGGAAACGCUCACAAGAUGAAACAAUCGUUGAUGACGGUAUUGAAUCAUCUUCGGAGCAAUGCAAAACCUCUGCUGAAGAUGUUCGAAGCGUUAAAAUUUCCAAUGAAGAAGAAUUUGAUGCGACUAAAUUAAGAGGUCUUCUUUUGAAGUAUCGACUGAGUGAUAUUCAUUCAGCAUCACGUUGUUUAUUUCUUAAAGUGGAUCAGUCAGAUCCGUCCGCCUUACUCGUGCACAACAUACCUCCGUUUAUUGCUGUCGUCAAAUACGUUAGUGAAUAUCGAAAAGCAAUCGUAUCCCCGGAUGAGCUUCAGCAACGAGUGGAUAAAUUCUUUGAGGUUUAUGAUAAGAAAGUAGUGGAGGAGAAACGGAAAGCAAAGAAAAUGCACAAUGUACCUGAUGAGGAGGGAUGGAUUACAGUUACUAGAUCGCGCUUCAAGCCAGUUCCGGCCGCAGUAGUGGUGAAGAAUAAAGAUGAUUUGUUGAAGUUGACGAAGAAUAAAAAGAAAUUGACUCCUCUGGGUAAGUAUGGCGGUCGUCAUACGGUUACAGUAUUGCCUGGCGAUGGGAUCGGACCAGAAAUGGUUUCGCAUCUAGAAAGGAUAUUCCGUUUUGCAAAUGUUCCAGUUGAUUUCGAAGAAGUUCCACUGACGACGGAUUCUGGCCAAGACGAUUUCGAGCAUGCUCUUGUUUCAGUGAAACGCAAUGGAGUGGCGCUUAAGGGCAAUAUCGAAACGCAGUUCGAUGAUCCAUCAUUCACGUCGAGAAAUGUCGAGUUGAGGAGACGUUUGGAUUUGUUCGCGAACGUUUUGCACUGUUCAUCGAUACCGACGAUUCGAUCGAAACAUCAAAACAUCGAUAUCGUUCUGAUUCGCGAGAAUACCGAAGGGGAAUACUCUGGCCUUGAACACGAGGCUGUCCACGGAGUCGUUGAAAGUAUCAAGAUUAUAACGCGAUAUAAUAUCGAACGUAUUGCACGAUUCGCAUUCGAAUACGCGUUGUUGAACAACCGCAAGAGGGUCACUUGCAUUCAUAAGGCGAAUAUACAGAAACUUGGCGAUGGCCUUUUCCUGCAGGUGUGUCGCGAGAUGGCAUCGAGGGAAUACCCAUCGAUUCAACUCGACUCGAUGAUAGUCGACAAUGCUUCAAUGCAACUCGUAUCAAAACCACAGCAAUUCGAUGUCAUGUUAAUGCCCAAUUUAUAUGGCAAUAUUAUAUCGAAUAUCGCCUGUGGACUUGUCGGAGGUCCGGGACUCGUCUCUGGCAUCAAUAUCGGAUGCAAAUAUGCUGUCUUUGAGACUGGAACUCGUAAUACGGGAAAGGAGUUGGCCGGGAAAGACUUGGCCAAUCCGACAGCAUUUCUGUGUGCUGGAGUUGAUAUGUUGCGAUAUUUGCAUUUACAGCAGCACGCAGAUUUGAUAUCGAAUGCAUUAUUCAAGGUGGGUGCUUUAUUGCAUCGAGUUUGUGAUUAUAUCAGAGCAUUGUAUCCUCCUCCUCCUCCAGCAUAUCCUCCUGAACUGUAUCCUCCUCCCCCACCCAUAGCAUACCCACCAGGUCGGGCAUAUCCACCACCGCCACCAGGCCCACCUCCACCGAUUAUACCCAUCACUGGGAUCAGUUGA